AUGGACAAUUCCAACGGCCGCCCUUCCUCAGCGGCGGCCAUCGAGCUGCAGCACCAAGAAGAACAACAACAGCAGCAGCAGCAGCGGCAAGCCCAUGCUGCUCUCGGCGGCGCCAGGGCUCGCAGCACUUAUUCUCUAGGCCCAGAGACGCCCAGCGCCACGGGAGAUUCGAGCGGUGGCUACUUUGACGCCGCCAUGAACCUGCGUCCCCAAGCCUCGCGCCAGUCUGUCCGCUCGACCUCGCACCUCUCAGGCAUUGUCGGGCCCCAUGGGGAAUCCCGCCCGGCUAGCCGGAACUCGAAUCGCCGACCGAGCAUUCGCAUUCGCCGCCUCUCGAACGCAUCAUCCUUGAACCCCCAGGAUACCGAUGUGGCCGCCGUCGCCUCCGCCUCCUCCGACGCGCUCGCAGCGGGCGCCGGCCCGUCCUUGGCACAACAUGGACGCCCUCGCAGCGUCUCGCAGCCUAUGCUCGACCCAGCGGCGCGGGAGAGCGACGCUGCUAGGCACUCGCGUCGCGCACCUCAAAUUGCCAUGCCGCGACUGACCGAAGAGGGCUCACGCCCAACAAUGCAGGAGCUUGGCAUUCCUGGCAGCCACCUGUCUCCCACAACCUCUCUCCCCGAAAGCAUCACCCGACAGCGACCCGAUUCUCUCGAUGCAGACCCCAGCGCUUCCCAGCGAAACAGCCGCAGACGCUUUAGUCGAAUGUUCUGGCCUAGCGGCAACGGCGCUGCAAGGCGCCGUUCGCAGGACGCAACGUCUCGAGGAUCUCGAGCAUCCAUGUACCAGGAUGACGAGUAUGACGAGCAUUUGGUAGACUUGCUGGAUACCAUCGAUCCCGAAAUCCAAACACUAUCGACCCUCACUAACAUUCAAAAUUCCCUAUUCGUUCCCGAUCUGGGGAAAUUCAUCAACAGACGCCCUACGUACACACUUACUCAGCACGACAUGGAACGGGUUGUAUCUCGACCUGGGACAUCCGAGCCGAGAACUUCAGGGGCUCAGCAGGAACCAAGAAUAUCUGGUGUUGCGCCUGAUGAGCCGAUUGAAGAAGUACCGCCUCAAGUGGAAGCGCAAGCAGAAGCUGAGGCCGAAGCGGAAGCACCACCGGCCAUACGAAGAACCGAUACCAUCACCUCGCGAUUGAGCGACUCUCAUUAUGCUGCACUACCCCAUGGUGCAUCGCUCGCAAACUGGACAGAUGCGGAGAAAUGGGAGCUUGACGACCAUGUUCGCCAUAUGCUACACUCUCGACGAUCCAAAUUCAAGCGAAUGAUGAAGGGCUUCGGACAAUACGUAAGCCGGCCACUCGGAUUCCUGGUUACCUUCUACGCUGUGUGCAUCACUGCUUUUGGCCUUGCUUGGGUUCUGUUCUUGAUUGGGUGGAUUUAUGUCGGCGACAAGCAAGAAUACACCCUGCAUAUCAUUGACAGUGUCUUGGUUGCUCUCUUCUUGGUCGUCGGUGGUGGCAUGGCUCCUUUCCGCGCUAUGGAUACCUACCAUCUGGGCUUUGUCAUCCACUAUUGGCGAAAGAUGAAAAAAGCACAGCUCAAGAGGGGGGAUAUUGAGGCGCCAGACACUGGCGAAGCAUCAGAUGUCUCUGGUGCUCCGGCAGUUGAUGCCAACGGCAAGGAGCCAUCGCCGCCGAAUCCAGUCGGCCAGGCGGGACAAGAACCGUUUCCCCAACUUCGCACACCCAGCCAAUCGCCAAAAGAGCAAGACGUCGAAGUCGAAGAGGACGAGCUGGAAGACUUGUAUCCGCUCACACUCAAGCAGCAGAAGCGCUUCCUGCAUCAUCGCGAUAAGCUAGUCAAAUCACACAGCUUCUACAAGCCGCACGAAACCUUUACUCACUACAAGUUCCCGCUCAGCUUGCUGAUCACCGUCAUCAUUUUACUCGACUGCCAUUCAUGCCUUCAGAUUUCGCUGAGUUCUACCACGUGGGGCAUUGACUACCACCAUCGCAACCCGGCCAUCACGACGACCAUUCUCUGUGUCAGCAUCACAACCAACAUUGUGGCCGGUUUGGUCAUUAUGCGAGGCGACAGGAAGACGCGCAAGAAGGAUGUGGUGAAGCUUAUAGACCGCCAGGAACUGACGAGCGAUGCAAUGAAGAAGGUGGCGAAGAAGAAGGAAAAGAGACAAGAAAAGGAAGAGGAAGAGGACACGCCGCGUAUUCUCAGCAAAUAA